CAAGACCCUUCUGUCCCUGACAGCCAUCACAGCCCCUCUUGGGGCAAGCAGGUCGACCCCAGCCAUGUUGUAACUCUGGUGCAGACCCCAUUGACUCAGGGCCUGUAAAGCUAUUCCUAGGUUUGCUCUGGCCUGUGUCCUCUCCUCUUCCAGCUCCAGGGCAGCUGGUGGGUCUGGUGCCCUAAGGGUCACCCCGUUUCUCCCACAAUAAGCACAGAAACCCGUGCUCCUCCUGAGGCUGUUCCCCUACGGAAGAAGUGGGUCUCCGUGUUCGGACUCCCUCCCUCCUCACACCAAGCCAGCCCUGGAGACCCGGAGACGGAAGAGCUCCCUUCCCCGAAUGCCAACCCAUGCCUCAUCCCACGCCACCCAGCACCCAGCUCCGAGGGUGGAGCCAGCUUGGCGUGUGACUUUGAAGGGCUGGUUCAUAGAGCAAACCAUGCCCCUGCCAGGUUAUGAUGGGGCCCGGGGCACUCCUCUCAGAUUGGCCAAGCACUUCAGUCAAGACCGGGCAUUCCUGUCACGCUGGCGCUGGGAGGUUGCGAAAGGCCCAGCGACAGGGGACAUGGCUUUUCUGUUUACAGCUGCUCUGGGCCCACCUCCUGCUUUCCAGACCUCAGUGGCCCCUUCAGGCCCCACCUUCCAGUCUCCUUUCUGCUCAGCCUCUGACAAUGAGCUCUCCUGGGGGCCCCACCUCUAGGUCAGGGCUGGGAGAGCAGGGUUGGGUAGUGCAGGCACAGAUGGCGAUGGUUGGAGAGAAUGGGUCUUUGGACGUGUUGAGCCCCCACCGUGGGGGUGUCAGCACUUCAUACAGGUUUAAGGUGGCUCACUUCCUGGACAAGUGGCUGGUCCAGGAGUAGGCGUGGGGCCUGGGUGGAGCGGAGGCGGUUGGGAGGGACCAGGGAGGAGCUUGGGACCAGCUGGGACAUCCCUGGCUCUGGGUUAAAAAGCCCACAGUCCUCUGUCCUUGGGUCACUGCCCAUCAUUCCUGGCUCCCGAGGACUCUUAGCCUCAUGGCUCUGGCAAAGGUGCCCGGGACCUGCCUUCUCACCAUCCGUGUCCUGCAGGCCCGCGGCCUGCCCUCUAAGGACCUGGUGACCCCCUCUGACUGCUAUGUGACUCUCUGGCUGCCCACGGCCUCCAGCCACAGGCUGCAGACACGCAUAGUCAAGAACAGCAGAAACCCCAUCUGGAAUCAGAGCUUUCACUUCCAAAUCCACAGCCAGCUCAAGAAUGUCGUGCAACUGAACGUCUUUGACCAGGACCUUCUGACCAAUGAUGACCCCGUGUUGUCGGUGCUGUUUGACGUGGGGACUUUGCGGGCUGGCGAGUUCCGCCGUGAAAGCUUCUCGCUGAGCGCUCAGGGUGAGGAGCAGCUGGAAGUUGAAUUUCGGCUACAGAGUUUGACAGACUGUGCUGAGCAGCUCAUCAGCAAUGGCAUCCUGGUGGCCCGGGAACUCUCCUGCUUGCAUGUUCGACUGGAGGAGGCAGGGGACCAGCAAGGGUCAGAGCGCAGAGUGCAGCUUAUGGUUCCCGGGUCCUGUGAGGGCCCGCAGGAGGCCUCUGUGGGUGCCGGCUCCUUCUGCUUCCAUUGCCUGGCCUGCUGGGAGCAGGAGCUGAGUAUCCAUCUGCAGGAUGCCCCCCAAGAGCAACUGAAGGUGCCCCUGAGGGCCCUGCCCUCUGGCCAAGUGGUGAGGCUCGUCUUCCCUACAUCCCAGGAGCCCCUGAUGAGAGUGGAGCUGAAAAAAGAAGAAGGACCGAGGGAGCUGGCUGUGCGGCUGGGCUGCGGGCUCUGCACCGAGGAGCAGGCUUUCCUGAGCAGGAGGAAGCAGGUGGUGGCCAGGGCCCUGAAGCAGGCCCUGCAGCUGGAUGGAGACCUGAAGGAGGACGAGAUCCCAGUGAUAGCCAUUAUGGCCACUGGCGGUGGGACCCGGGCAAUGACUUCCCUGUAUGGGCACCUGGCUGGCCUGAGGGAGCUGGGCCUCUUGGAUUGCAUCUCCUACAUCACAGGGGCCUCGGGCUCUACCUGGGCUUUGGCCAACCUCUAUGAGGACCCAGAGUGGUCUCAGAAGGACCUGGCAGGGCCCACUGAGUUGCUGAAGGCCCAGGUGACCAAGAGCAAGCUGGGCGUGCUGGCCCCCAGCCAGCUGCAACGGUACCAGCAGGAGCUGGCCGAGCGUGCCCGCCUGGGCUACCCGACCUGCUUCACCAACCUGUGGGCCCUCAUCAACGAGGCGCUCCUGCAUGAUGAGCCCCAUGACCACAAACUCUCAGACCAGCGGGAGGCCCUGAGUCGCGGCCAGAACCCUCUGCCCAUCUACUGUGCCCUCAACACCAAGGAGCGGAACCUAACCACCUUUGAAUUUGCGGAGUGGGUCGAGUUCUCCCCCUACGAGGUCGGCUUCCCCAAGUACGGCGCCUUCGUCCCCUCUGAGCUCUUCGGCUCCAAGUUCUUCAUGGGGCGCCUGACGAAGCGGCUCCCUGAGUCCCGCAUCUGCUUCCUGGAAGGCAUCUGGAGCAACCUGUAUGCAGCCAACCUCCAGGACAGCUUGUACUGGAGCUCAGAGCCCAGCCAGUUCUGGGACCGCUGGGCACAGGCUCAAGCCAGCCUGGACAAGGAGCAGGUCCCUCUUCUGAAGAUAGAAGAACCUCCCACCAUGGCCAGCAGGAUGGCUGAGUUUUUCACCGACCUUCUGACGCUGCGCCCACUUGCCCAGGCCUCCCACAAUUUUCUGCAUGGCCUCCAUUUCCACAAGGACUAUUUCCAGCAUCCUUACUUCUCCUUCUGGAAAGCCACCAAACUGGACGGGCUCCCCAACCAGCUGACCCCCGCAGAGCCCCACCUCUGCCUGCUGGAUGUCGGCUACCUUGUCAACACCAGCUGCCCACCCCUCCUGCGGCCUACCCGGGAUGUGGACCUCAUCCUGUCACUGGAUUACAACCUCCAUGGAGCCUUUCAGCAGCUGCAGCUCCUGGGCCGGCUCUGUCAGGAGCAGGGGAUCCCGUUCCCGCCCAUCUCGCCCAGCCCUGAGGAGCAGCGCCAGCCGGGGGAGUGCCACGUGUUCUCGGACCCUGGCUGCCCCGAGGCCCCUGUCGUGCUGCACUUCCCUCUGGUCAACGACUCCUUCCAGGAGCACUCGGCCCCUGGUGACCCCAAACCAUCCUCCACCCCGUGUGUUUUCCCCUCCAUGCCCGGCCGGUACUCUCUCUCCUUAGGGGUGCAGCGGACCCCGGAGGAGAAGGAGGCUGGGGAGGUGAACCUGUCUUCGUCCAACUCUCCCUACCACUACUCGAAAGUGACCUACAGCCCAGAGGACAUGGACAAGCUGCUCCGCCUGACGCAUUACAAUGUCUGCAACAGCCAGGAGCGUCUGCUGGAGGCCCUGCGGGAGGCUGUGCAGCGGCGGAGGCAGCGCAAGCAGCAGCGGCCGGGCCCAAGUGAUGGUGGUGCCCUGGCCUGAGGCUGCCAUCCAGCCCCUGCCGCCCCGGACUCUUUUUCAGGCUCACUCCCCGUCUGCCUGGCUGCUCUGGUUGAGUUGGGGGGGAGACUGUCGUCACCAAGUGUUCCAGAGCCUCUGGGGACUCCAUUGGGUGUGUGCCCAGCGCCACCCAGAUGUAGCACUGAAGCCAGCAGCAGCCCUGCCAGGCACCCCUGGGUAGGUCGAGGGCUUCACACAGGGGCAGGGCCCAUCCCUCUUGGUUGCCGGCCCGUUGGGGCCUGGUCCCAGAAAGGCGGCUGGAGCUGGCUUCCUCUUUGAGUGAGUGGCCGGAGCCCAGAGCAGUGCUGAGCCCAUCUGUGUAAGCAAGCAGAGCUCUGGCCCUGUGUUUGUCUUCCCCUCCGUGCUCCCUUGAGGAGCUGUACAGUGAAAUAGAGCACGUCCUGUUUUACAGAGGCUCACACA